AUUUCGGAAUAGAGUUUAUAAGUUCCUACUCUGAAUCCACGCUUCACUUUCAUUUGAUUGAAUAAAUUAAAUAUCAAAGUUGACCUUUAGAUAAUUGAGAAGAGUGAUUGCAAAAAUCUCGUGAAUAAUGCUUAUCUCAAAAAGCUACCGAUGUGGUGAUCGAUGACGCUAGGGCCAAUAUUAUCCCAUCACCAAGUUGCAUUUACUUGAUGUUGUGCCUAACCCCAUACUCACCCUCACAGCUACCUACCUACCGUACCUACCUCGUAAGAUAGCUGAUAUACCCUUGGGCCAUAGUAUUUUAUCGGUCCAAGGCAAUACAAGUUUACGGGUCUUGGCCCAAUUCAAUGGUAGGCCCACCACUGGACGUUUCAAACCAAAACGACGAUAAGAUUGUAAUUUGCCAUGGAAGUGAUUUCCAAGAGAUUAGCGGGUCCCUACUAAUUUCCGUGUUGUCGGACGGCAGGGCCACGUGCGUGUGAGUAGAAAAAUGGAAAGGGCAGGGCAAUUUGGCAGUAUUAUUAUUAGAAAUUAAGCCCUAUGUAUGGUUGUAUUUACUCAUGAAUCUGAUGAUGGUUGGGGUUGGGGACCUUGGUCGGAAGUUUGAAGAUUCCUGAUACCAAAGUCGAAAAAGGUUUUGAAAUUGCGUAUGAUGUGAAUAAAGGCCAUGUUGAGAAAAGAAGCACACCACAGCAUUGGUGACUAGUGCUAUUGGAAUCUGUAUCUGCUGAGAGAGGUCGCGUAUCAAACAAACUUCCUACUAGAAAAAGGAAUUACCUUUUGCCAUUCACCAGAAAAAGAAAAAGAAAUUAGGGGCAAUAUUUAUGCAAUCAAGUCAAAUGUUAGAUAUAUAUGAAGACUAAUUAACCACCCAUCCCACUCACCAUGGUCCCAAAAGGCGAAGUCAUACUACUAUUCGAUUCAAAAUAAAGUUUAGCCAAAGUAAUAAAGGAGGAAGUGAAAAUGCCAUGAUGAACACGACAGCCAUUUCCUCUAUUAUUGUUUCGUAUCUAAAUGAAACGUCAUGGAUUGGAUUAAUGGUGCUGACAAGAUUAUAAUUGCAAAAGCCUUCUAACUCUAAUAUUAUACAGAUCUAACCUCCCGGAUCUAUAUAUAUAUAUAUAUAUACCAGACCAAUGACAUUCGCACACAGGAACAAUUUAAAGCUUCUGUAAAAGUGAAGAAGAAGUUGCAUUUCCCAUUUUACUACUGUGCCUGUGUGGGUAGCUGUCACUUAGUUCAACUGACGAACACUCUCAUGUUAAAGAAGCCUUCGCUAAAUGCCAGUCAUGGUCACCAUAUAAUGAAGGCCACGGCUAUAAAUGGAUUACAGGGAGAUGUAUAGAAACAUCAAACUUUAGCUGUCACAAGCAUGGUAUUUAAUUUUAAUAGCAUGGCUGUAUGUGUGUCACGGUGUUUCGUAUCUUAGGCCUUCUAAUAUUGGGGGUAUGGCAUAGUGUAUGCCGUAUGGUGCCUUAGGCUUUUUGUAUUGGGUAUACAGUUAGCAGAGUGCAGGGCCUUGUUUUGAGUUGAAAAUAAACAAACAUGGCUGUCCAACAAUCUUGCCCCGUAGCCAAUGGUUCCUGGGAUGAUGAUGGGCGUCCAAAAAGAACCGGAACCUUGUGGAGUUGCGUCGCUCAUAUCAUUACUGCUGUUAUCGGCUCUGGAGUUCUGUCUUUGGCAUGGAGUACUUCACAGUUGGGAUGGAUAGCAGGGCCAGUUUCUUUGCUUUGGUUUGCGAUUGUCACCUAUAUUUCUGCCUUUCUCCUUGCCGAUUGUUACAGGUCUCCCGACCCCAUAACCGGAACUCGAAACUACACAUAUAUGGACGCUGUUAGAGUGAAUCUUGGAAGAACACAUACGUGGUUUUGUGGUUUGCUUCAAUACUUGAGCUUGUAUGGGACUGGUGUUGCUUAUGUAAUUACUACAGCAACCAGUAUGAGAGCAAUUCAGAAAUCAAACUGUUAUCACAAAGAAGGGCAUCAGGCUUCAUGUGCAUAUGGGGAUAAUUUAUAUAUGCUGCUCUUUGGGCUUGUUCAGAUCAUCAUGUCGCAGAUUCCAGAUUUCCACAACAUGAAAUGGCUCUCCGUCGUUGCUGCAAUCAUGUCCUUUUCCUACUCUUUCAUUGGAUUUGCACUUGGGUUUGCAAAAGUAAUAGAAAAUGGCAAGAUAAUGGGGAGCAUUACCGGAGUCCCAGCUGCUAAUGUUGCUGACAAAUUAUGGUUAGCCUUCCAAGCACUCGGGGACAUUGCUUUUGCCUAUCCAUACUCGAUUAUUGUAAUUGAGAUACAGGAUACUUUGAAGUCCCCUCCUCCAGAAAAUCAGACCAUGAAAAAGGCCUCAGUGACUGCCAUCUUUGUCACAACCUUCUUCUACCUCUGCUGUGGCUGCUUUGGAUAUGCUGCCUUCGGGAAUGACACGCCAGGAAACCUAUUGACCGGAUUUGGUUUCUAUGAACCUUAUUGGCUUAUUGAUUUUGCUAAUGCUUGCAUUGUCCUCCAUUUGGUAGGAGGAUAUCAGAUUUAUUGCCAGCCAGUAUUUGCAUUUGUUGAGAGAUGGGCGAUGAAGAAAUAUCCCAACAGUAGCUUUGUAAAUAAUUUCUACACCUUCAAACUCCCUUUGUUGCCGGGUUUUCAGUGGAAUCUUCUCAGGCUAUGUUUCCGAACUGCAUAUGUUAUCUCAACCACUGCACUUGCAAUGCUAUUCCCUUACUUCAACCAGGUGUUGGGACUAUUAGGGGCCCUGAACUUCUGGCCUUUGGCCAUAUAUUUCCCUGUGGAAAUGUACUUCGUACAAAAGAAAAUAGGAGCUUGGACCAGGCAAUGGAUUGUACUUAGGAUAUUUAGCUUUGUUUGUUUUCUCGUGACUGUUGUGGGUUUUAUCGGAUCGCUUGAAGGACUGAUAAGCGCCAAAUUGAGCUGAGGGAUUCAUGUUCUUCAUAAUUUAGCACUUGGGAGAAAGAAAGUUUGAAAUGAAUGCUACAAAUUACAAUACGGCC